GUAAGACAUGCGCAGUGCGGAGGAAUAAAAACGGACGGAAUUUCAAAGUUUCCGACGGAUCAACCAGAGAUGUUUGGAUUUCACAAAUCCAAGAUUUAUCGCAGCCAUGAAGGCUGUUGCAUUUGCAAGACCAAGUCCUCCAGUUCCCGGUUCACAGACAGCAGCAGAUACGAGGAAACCUUCCGCCUCUGCUUCGGUUUAUCUGAAGACCGAGUCGGCGACAUCUGCAAUGCCUGUGUACUGCUCGUAAAGCGAUGGAAAAAGUUACCACAUGGCUCGAAGAAGAACUGGAGUCACGUGGUGGAUGCGAGAGCGGGACCCGGCUUCAAGCUGACGAAACCCAAGAAAGUGAAGAAUAUGGAUGGGAAGAAGAAAAGCAAGCUGAAGAAGCUUCACAAGUUUAAACGGCAGAAUUCUGACGCCCACAGCACUACAUCCAGCAUGUCUCCCUCUCAGUCUCCCAGCCACAGCAACCAAUCUGACGACGGCUCGGACGUUGAGACCAAGCAGAGGCGCCCGACACCAGCAGGCUUCUCGUUUCUUGACCUCUCCUACUGGAAGAGACAGAAGGUGUGCUGUGGCAUCGUGUACAAAGGGCGUUUUGGUGAAGUCAUCAUCGACCCUCGGCUCUUCAAGCCCUGCUGCGGGGCAAAGCAGCCGCCGGCGGUGACAUCGCCCGCUGCCGACUCCCCGUGUGCCGCCGACACACUGCCAUCUCCCCUCGCGGAGGAUUUGAAGGAGACCUGGUGACCUCGUUGCACCUCCGAGCGUCUCCUCGAGGCUCAGUUGCUUUGUCUCCAGUGGCAGACUCUAUCAUUCCCACACAGGACUGUAUAAAUGCUGAAUCCUGCUCCUCCCCCGUUUGUUAUAACAAUUUCCUUUUGAGAUUUUUUUUUUUUUUUUUUUUUUUAAGAAAACCAAAAAAAGCUAUUAAAAAAAAUUUAAGUAUGGGCAUUAGUACAUAUUCAUAGGAUCAGGAUCGAAUUGACGGUUUAUGACGUGUAAUCCAUUUUGUAUGGUUGUUUUGUCUUAUUAUUUUUUUUUAUAUACAUAUAUUUUUUGGCACUGUAAAAUAUUUUGCAUUUUUGUAGUGCUUGUAAAUAUCUUUUUCCAGUGCACCAAAAGCCUCCUAUCUGGCUCCUAGUUUCCUGUGUGUAAAUUGAGUUAUAAAUGUUCAUGAAACAUGGCAUAAUUAUGUGUCCCUGACGUUGCUCAGUUGUGUUGAUGAAAUGGUUUGAAUUUUUAAACAAGCUCUACCGUCUCUACGAGCUCAUUUGAUCUAAAUGUGCCGGUAGCUCGGUCAGUUUUAUAACAGCAUUUUGGUUGGCGAGGUUUAAUCGGGCUGAUUAAUAUUUGCAAAGUGAAUAUAGCUCAGUUUAUGCCCACCAAAUGCACCCGUGUCUGUUAAUCUCUCUUUCCUGGUUGCUAUUGUCACAAGCCCAUGAAAUGCAGGACACACACUUUUUUUGCCAGUCCAUUCCCAAAAAAAAAAAUAAGUGCAUGCUAAUAUUGCUAUUCAAAACGAUAUUUAUUAUAGCAUGCUAAGUCGGCAUGCACUAAAUGUGUCUUGGGUUAUAUUGCUUAGCACUCAGUGUAAUGGUGUGGUAUUUACAUUUUUUUAUUAUGAUUAUUUUCAAAAAAAAAUAGUGCUCACUAGUUAUUGUUCCACUACAGAUUUUAACAGCAUCUGUUGAUACCAUGAUUUAAAAAAAAAAAAAAGCUCUACAUCUGUUUUGGCAGAUGCUUCUAACCAUUGCAUGCUUCUCAUUAUUGUAAAUGUGUUCAUGUACAAAAAAACAUCAGCAAUAAUGUUCACUGUUUUUGCAUCAUCAUACAGUGUGCAGCUUUUAAAUUCAACAAUGUGAUGGCUUUUCGCCUUUUGCAACGGGUUUUUUUAUUUUUUUUAUUUUCCGGACUCAGGCAGCUUAUAAUCCGAAGUAACGGUGCGAAGAAAUUCAUGUUUUUAAAUGCGUUGCAUUUGUAGGAACUAAGAAAUGACAUUAAGCCUUUCUUGUAUUAUUGGAAUGAAUUAACAAAGCAAUAGCGCUCUCUGGCUUCCAGACUACCGAGCUGGUUAUUUACAUAAUGUCAGUAAGGUUCAGGGAAACUAUUUACUUGGUACAUUUUCAGUCACUGUUAAUGUGCCUUAUGAGAGAUUUAACAUGAAUUUGUGUUUUCUAAUUUAUACUAUUUAUUCAAACAUAUCUGUACAAUUGAUGCUGUAAAAGAGGUUUUGUGCACUUUUUUAUAUACAUUUAUAAUGUUUUCUUUAUAUAUUUUUUAUCUUGAUUGUCAUUACAUUUUCAAUUUAAUAAAUCUUUGUAUGCAAAAUCA